GCAGAUGCUUACAGCUUGGAAGAGGUGGACUGGAGGUGGUGAUCAACUCGUGGUGGAGGCAAGGGCACCAAACUAGUCAAAAUCCAUCCAAUUCCAACCAUCACCAACCACAACGCCGACACGGCAAUUAGCCAAGCCAGAACACCGCGCCUUCCAGUCCACGCAAGGCAACCCCUCCGCACCGGAGCGACGGCCACACCGGCGUCGCUGCCUUCCGACCCGCGCGCCCCCGGGUCACGCAAAUUUAAGGAUCCCCCACCCGGCGCGCGGCCGAGGCAGAGAGAGAUGCGGCGGUCGUCGAGCGGGGCGCGCGUGUCGGAGGGCGGCGACGCGUCCUCCUCCUCCUCGACGGUGGGCCACCACGGCGACGACACGGCGCUCCCGACGUUCGACCCGCUGUCGGCGGCCGGGCGGCGGGAGGCCGCGCGGGUGCGGGAGCUGGGGCGCGCCGUGCACUGCAUCCCGCUGCUGCUGCUCCUCUGCGCCCUCGUGCUCUGGCUCUCCGCCGCCGCCUCCCCCGUUCUUCUCGAUUGAGAAUACAAGGGUAUGUCAAGUGGAUCUAGAAAUACAUUAUCCGGAAAAAGUACACUGAAGUAGAGCAGGAAUCUUAUACGGAAGCCUAAGUUGGAGUUUGGAAGGAUUAGCACAGCAACAAGCUCCUCACCAACUAGGCGGUUAUUUUUCAAUACCGUAUUUGUUUUCGCUCCAGAUUUGAGCUGGUAUGAUUUGGCCAAUGAUUAAGUGGAGCACGCAUUCUUUCCAACACUAACAAACGUCAUACUACUACAAACGAUGAUGCUGAUUCUAUACAUGCGCUGAUGUUCUCAAAGAAACACAAUCAAUACACGUAUAUGAAACUGGCACAACCAAAUCGAGUUGUCAUUUGGAUGUUUUGGUUAAAAUCGAUCCCCUAUUGGGUGCCCAGCUAAA